AUGGCAGGCUCAAGAAGUCGUACUAUACGGAGAUUAGGUACCUCAGUAUCGACAACUGGUCAGGGUGAGCAAGCGGGCCCGCAGUCGUCGUCAUCAAACGACCGCAGCUCUUCAUUGGUGGGAAACUUGGCCAAUGUUGAGUCAAAUAUUACAAGUCAGAAUGUAAAUGUUGAUCAGCAAAUAACUUUGCCUUUUAGUCGCUGCAGUAAAGCAAAGAACCGUUGCCUUAUUUGCCGUUCAUCAGGUCAACUUGUAGUCGUACAAUCUGAAGCAAAAUUGCGUCUAUUCAUCAAUCGGGGUAUAAUAAUUAAGGGACAAUGUCGAUGUUGCAAAAGACAUCUGAAAGGAAAGUUCUUCAAACAAAAUGAUGAAUCUCGUGAUCCAACAGUUUCAGAUACGACCACAAUGCCGAGUACAGAGGUGUGCGGUUUGUUGAACGAUCUUCGUCAUUUCGCAAGUAAAAGAUCACUGAAUUUUGAUGCUCCUGGUGCUUUAAGUGAUACUGACUACAUCAGGCUUACUGGCAUAACUUCAUUCAACUUCGAAAAUCUCCAUGACUAUAUAAGUGGAUCUAUUAAAAAUACAGCUAAUAGAAGCUCACGAACUUGUCUAGGAAUACGGUUAAUGAAACUGAUAACUGGUCUUUCACACUCUAUACUUGCAACACUUUUCCUGAUUACACGAAGAUCAGUAGGUAGAGCUAUUACAUCUGCAAGAAAAGCUCUAAUGGACAAGUUCGUACCCUUUCAUCUAGGCUUACACCACAUCAGCAGAGAAGAUUUCAUAAAUCUUCAUACAAGAGAAUUAGCUCAAGCUUUAUUUGCGGAUGGCAAAGAUUUUGCAAUUUUAGUUGCUGAUGGUACAUACAUUUAUAUAGAAAAAAGCAGUAACUACGUGUUCCAACGUCGCAGUUACUCUGUCUAUAAGGGCAGGCCUCUAGUCAAGCCUAUGAUGGUAGUAAGUACCACGGGAUAUAUUUUAGAAAUAUAUGGGCCUUAUUUUGCUGAUGGGAAAAAUAAUGAUGCCAGUAUUUUAAACAGCCUAAUGCGACAAGAAGCAUCUCCGUUUCUAGAAUGGACAGUGGCUGGUGAUGUGGUGGUUGUUGACAGAGGAUUCCGGGAUUCGAUAGCUACUUUAGAGGAAUAUGGAUUUAUACCCGCCAUGCCUCGGUUUUUAGAAAGUGGAUCUCAGCAUGACACUGCGAGCGCAAACGAGUCUCGUUUAGUCACAAAAAUUCGAUGGGUUGUAGAAUCUGUUAAUGGACUGAUAAAGCAAUGGAAGAUGCUUGCCCAAGUUAUGCCUAACUCGCAAAUACCUUACAUUGGAGAUUACGUAAGGAUUGUUUCAGCAAUCUGUGAUGCUUACAGACCACCAAGAGUCUCAGCGACCAGCCACGAUGAUGCAAUUAUUGCUGAAAGAAUGCUUUCACUAAAUAAAAAAGGAAAUGUUUUACAAAAAAUGGUUGAAGACAAUGGUUGGGUAAGAAAAAGGGUGAUCUGGGAGACGAUCGAAGCCACUUCGCUACCUGACUUUCCACAAUUGACGAUCGAUGACCUUCAACGAGUUACAAUCGGUAUGUAUCAGAUUAAACAAGCAGCAUCCUACACGAGAGAGCACCUUGAUAAUGAAGUGAACUACAUGCUCCAAGUGCAUAAAGAAAGAAAAGAUAUUAUAAGGAUUCAUAUGCAGUCUCGACACACAACCUCAAAACAAUAUCAACUUUGGAUCCAAUAUGAGAAACAUAGUUUCGAUCCAAUUAAAGGUUGGUAUUGCCAAUGCAAGAAUGGUGCUAGAGUGGUAGGUUGUUGUGCUUAUAUAGCGUCAGUACUGUGGUACUUAGGUCAUUAUAGAUGGUUAAACCACGCCCCUCAAUACAGCAGUGAUCAUUAUCACGAAUUUUUGGUCGACGCAGCUGACUUUGAAGUUUCAGAUGAAGAAGCAGAAGAAGAAGUAGAAGCAGAAUCAGUAGCAGAAUGA